AAUCCAUCGAUUCGCCCCUCGGUUUCCCCGGCGACCACGCAAUCCAGAUCGCCGACCGCCGCCCGCCGCGCCGCACCGUCCAAGUCCGCUCCUCCCUUCUCCCCUGUCGGCUCAGACUAUGCAAUUUCUUCUAGCACCCGCGUCGUUGGAUGGAUGAUGUUUACGGAAGAAUAGAGGUCUUCCCGCAGCACUUCACUCCAUCAAAAGAGCCCAUGGCCGCCGCCGAUGGUCUGUCCACAAGCAAGAGCAACAUGGAUCCGUCACCAAGUCCGCGUAGGCGUUCUUGGACCCCGAAACGAGUCAAGGGAGCUUCAUCGCUACUGCAACUCUUGUCCAUUCCUCGUAUUAGGUGGUCUUCCAGCAAUGAGGAUGAUGACAAGAUCGAACUGACCAGAGCUGAAGUAGAAUCAUUACGGAGUGAAAUUGCCGAUGCCGAUGAAAGGGAGUCCCAGCUAAAAGCUCGGUUGGAAAAUAUCGACGAAGUCUUGAGAUAUGCACGCCUUUCUGGGUAUCUCCAUAUCCGAAGUAGAUGGACUCAACUUCCUGGGGAGCCACCUAUCAUAGACGACGCCGAUGUUGAUGACUGGCUUCCUCGCUUCGUUGUCCUACAAGGACAGUGUUUAUACUACUAUCUGAAGUCUACAGACCUGAGCCCGCAGGAAUCGACACUGCUGCGCGAUGUGGUGGAGGUAGGGGAGCUCCCCAACUUUGUGCCGGAGGACGGGAAGACGAGAUACGCCUUCUUCAUACUGACCCGGCAGGGCCUGCGGUUCGAGUGCUCGAGCAGCUGCGAGAUACAGGUGGAUUCGUGGGUAAGGGCGGUGAGAAGCGACUGCAAGCUGGCAGAGGCGGGCGCGGAGGCAAAGAGCAAGAGUUGCGGGGGAUGGAUGAUUAACAGAUCUGAUCUGGGCAACGGAAAAAAGCCAAUUCCUUGCUACAUAACCACCACCCAUCCAUUUACUCCAUCCCCUCUCUCUCUCUCUCUCUCUCUGUUGGACGCAAGGAAGACGAGUUUCGCCGCCGCCGCCAUGACGAGCUCCUCCUCCUCCAAGCUCUUCCACUCCGCCUGCAAGGCCGCCAGGUCCUUCCUCGCCCCCGCCCCCGCCCCCGCCCCGCGCGCCGCCUCCUCCAUCCUCGCCGCAGACGGGAGGAACGCCGCGCUCGCCACCCUCGGCAACCUCGCCAGGACCUCCACCCUCCCCGCCGCAUACUCCCACUCCCACCACGCCAAGGCCGCAUCCUCCCACGGCUACGCAUGGAUCGCAGCCAUCCCAGCCGCAGCCUACAUGCUCCAGGGUCAGGACGUGCAUGCCGCCGAGAUGGAGCGCACCUUCAUCGCCAUCAAGCCCGACGGCGUCCAGAGAGGCCUCAUUUCUGAGAUAGUGUCCCGAUUUGAGAGAAAAGGAUACAAGCUUGUUGCCAUCAAGCUGGUGGUUCCAUCCAAGCAGUUCGCCGAGAAGCACUACCAUGAUCUGAAGGAAAGACCUUUCUUCAGUGGACUGUGUGACUUCCUCAGCUCCGGUCCCGUGCUUGCCAUGGUCUGGGAAGGAGAAGGUGUUAUCAAGUACGGUAGGAAGCUGAUUGGUGCCACGGACCCACAGAAAUCUGAGCCAGGAACCAUCAGGGGAGACCUUGCUGUUGUUGUUGGAAGAAACAUCAUCCACGGGAGCGAUGGCCCGGAGACGGCCAAGGACGAGAUCGCACUCUGGUUCCAACCCAAGGAGCUCGUCUCUUACACCAGCAAUGAGGAGAAGUGGAUCUAUGGUGUGAACUAACUGCUGCAUCGAUUGUCUUCAGAAGAGCCAAAGAAGCUCCAGUCCCUUUCCAUAAUCGCCUCUAGACCAUGGCACAGUGUAAUAACACCACAGCUCGGGCGACCUUUCAGUCGGUGUCGCUUGCCCUUGUCUCAUUCUGAUGCAAUAAGGACCGCAGAAAUUUAAAGAGUUUGUACCGUUGAGUGUUAUAGAGCGUGCACCGAGCAACCGUGGAUGUUUAAAUCAAACCGUCGCCUUCAGGCACUUGAUUUUGAUGGAUGUUUGUUUGUUUGUUUU